CACCAUUAUGCUGAUCAACAAUAUUAGCAUUUCAGUGAGCCCACAUUAAUAGGGUAAUUUGGACCAGGUGUUACAAAAAGCUUUGUGUGGCACGUAAGUGCAUUAGUCCUUAAAACAUGUCUCUUCAAUACUAUCUGAGACUGGCUUUGGUUGGUUUGACUCUUUCUGUUGUGGGAUGUUUGCCUGAAGUGUCAGUAGGUUCAUCAUCAAUGCCUUUAGGAGAUGUCACAGAUGAUUCAAAAAUCAAAAUACAAGGGCUGGAAAGUUUCAAAAGUGUUAAUCCACCCAUUGAAAAUCCAAUAAGAGGCAGUCUUCAAAGGAACAUAGAACAAUUUAACAGCAAAUAUCAGCUGCCGUGGAUCAAAUCUGCCUCAGAUAACCAGAGAAAGGACGUCAAUGCAAAAACUCCAAGCUUCAGCCCCACUGACACGAGAGCUUCUGCAGAUGUUAUUUAUUCAGUCCCAAAUAAAGUUCAGUCCAAUAUCAAUAGCAGAAAUAAUCCUGUUGAAUUAUCAAGUGCCAAAUUUAAUGAUGAAAUUGAUGCCAAAAGAAGCUAUGCUUUCCAAACAGUCCAACAGGAACAAAAUCCCUUAGACUUUAAAGGGAGCCAAACGAGCUCCAUUAAUCUGGCCCCAAGGCUAGUGAGGAAAAAAGGUGGAAUGCAUGCAGCAAAUGUGCAUAGAUCAGGCUCAUUUGGAUAUCAACAUAUUUCUAAAUCAGAAAUGCACUCAGGCAGUUCGCGACCAUUAGGACUCAAUGAACCUUAUUUGAGGGAAACUAUUCCAACUAAUUAUAAGUCUAGAAGCUCAACUGUGAACCACAAUAUCAGGCUCAAAAGUGAUGGAAACAUGCUGCUGGAUCAUUUUCUUCAAAACAAGGGCCAGAAUCAAAACGUGCCGAGGAGAAUCGUACCGGCAAAUACAUCUCCCUCAAUUGUAACAGCAAAUCAACAAAAGAGCCAACCAUUGCCACAAGUUUUUUCUGCUGGGACUGGAAUCAUUUCUCAAAUUUCCUAUGAGAAUAUGAGGGACGUAGCUCUUUCCAAGGUGUUCAAACCUCCAACAAUCCCAACACCAAUAUCUCCUGCGUUUAAGAGAUCAAAUUCAAAUGGAAGUCAUAGCAUCCUUCCAUUUAAAAAAUCUCAGCUGUUUUCUUCUCAGCAUGAUCACGUCAAGCUGUCUAAUUCUGAAAGGGUUGCCAGUCCAAAAGCAAGUCUGCAAAGCAGUUUUGAAUAUGGAAAUACAAAAUCAGCCACGAGCAGCUACACUUUCAAAAACAUUCAGUUGACACAAAAUAGGGGACAAAGUAGUCAGAAUGUUUUGCCCAUUCAAACCUUUCACAAUCAAAAGAAGUAUGAUAAUUUGGCUACAGGUAUAUCUUUCAUCAGGCCUUCAGUGAUCAAUAAUGCCCGCUCUUCCUUCCCAUCAGAUAAAAACAGUGCCAUCCAGAUGUCUGAGCUACUCAAACUGUCAAAACAAAGCACAAACUUGACCCCACAAAUGCAGUUUGCAAAGAACACCAUGUUAUUUUCACAACGUGAUAAGAAUAUUAAUCUACCAGACCCAACAAAUCAUUCAUUAAGGAAGCCAAGUCAGCAUAACACCCGAAAUAGGAUGCAUCUGAAUUCCUUCGGGCAAAGUACUGUACAAUCAUUAUCUGUUAAACAUUAUCCUGCGCCAAGUCUUGUGCCAGGUAACACAAUGAAGAGUGUCUACAGCGUUACUCCAUCUGUGUCUGGCACUCAGGGCACAUCUAAAAAUUCAGGUACGUCUAGCAGCCGAAACAGACCGUAUUAUCUAACUUCUAAAAAGCCAUAUGCUUUUAAAGGUUUCACAUUUGUCCCUACAUUGCAGACAUCGCUACAAAAAUCAGAAAUGCACUCUGGCCAAAAGCCCCUGUUAAAAUCUUCAUCUAAUGUGCAAUAUGCCCCUGCUCGUCCACAUACUGCCCAAAGUGCACUCACUCAAAAACCCUUGAUACAAAAACCCUACGGAAAAAUGCCUUUCCAGUUCAAGGACAUUGAGUCAAGCCAAGAAAAACAACCUUAUUGGGAUCAGACAGAUUCUUUUGAUAAUGGACCUCAACGUGAAAGCAUCUCUUCUGUUGGAGGUGCAAGUAACCCGAUGUCUGAUGCUCUAAAGCACCAUGUUCUUAGAGGUCAAGCUGUAGCAAUGAAAACAUCUCUCAGUGGAACAAAUACUACAAAUAAUGGAGCUGUUGACAAAGUUCAGUCAAAAACAUCUCCGAGAUGGACUUCAAGUAGGCUUGCUUCAGCACAGCACACUGAAUCUAACCAAGAUGAAUUCCCAGCUGUGAGGUUUUUAAACAGCAGUUUUUUUGGAUCCAACUUAAAUAAAGCAUCCAUAAAAUCUACCAACAGUCACAAGAGUCCCACAUCAGAGCUUAUUCUUCCAAGUCAUAAAUCUUCUCUUAUGAAUAAAGUGACUGGGUAUCCUCAAAUACACAAUGCUGUUAUCCAGCCACUUCGCAGGUAUAGCUUGAAGGAACGUGAACGUGUGUUAAAUCCAACAAAGGAAAUUAAAAACACAAACUCUGCUGGAAUACCACAGUCAAAUACUAAUGAAAAUUAUAGUCAUAUAAGAUUGAGACCGACCAGCAGCGUUGUGAUUGGUAGGCAAGAUGAAGUGACUCAAGAAAGAAAAAGUUCUGAAGAAAAUUCAAACCACCAGAGUGUCUAUGCCAUCCCAACUUCUCAAUCUGCAACGCAUAGAUCUGCUAACAUUAAUAGUCAUAAAACAAAUAGUUCAGCAAAGCUCACUUUCCAGUCACCUAUAUACAGAUCUGCUAUGAAACCUUCUGGCAAAGCUAACAUCCUACAAGCUAAUGCAGCUUCAGACUGGAGGAACGAAACGUCUCAAAUCUCAGAAGCAGAUAUCAACCUUAGUGCCGUCGGUGUGUCCCAGGCUUUAAGCAACUUUGUAAUUGGAACAGUUUAUAAAACCUCAACCAAAUCCAACCUUAACAUGUCUUCAACAAAAUCAGGCCUAAACAAUUAUAAACCAGUUCGGUUUUCAGAUAUAACCGGUAGCGCCUCCUUCACCAACAUCAAACCACAUUCUGCUGACACCACAGCGAAGGAAGAAGUGGAUCUCGAAAGUGAUCAAAACAGAACUAAUUCAACAUCAGUGAUGGAGGGAAGUUUUAAAGAGCUGGUUUUUGGCAGUUCCUCUAUGAUCUCGGCCUUACAAAAUGAAAUGGAUAAAAGUGCAGUGGAUUUACGCGUCCCUGAGCUCAUGCCCACAGCUGCUAUAGACUUCACCACACAAUCUAAGCUGUCAUUUACAGAAGAACAUACUCAACCUCAACCAACUGUCUAUUCCUCCGAGUCACAGCCGGAUCCUGGGAAUCAUACCACAGCUACAGCAGAGGAUAUUGAUCCAUUUUAUGAGGGAAUGUUGAUACCCAAUACCACCUUGCUUGUCAAAAGGACCGCAGGUUGAGAUCUGCCUCUUCAAGUUUUCUAUUGUAUGCACUCCAAAUGGUAGCCGUCAUUAACAACGACAGACUGCAAUGUGAGGUGUUUUUCUCUUCUGUAGGUAGAUGGCGCCAGAUCUGUCCUCGCAUUAAUUUGCAUUAAAUUUGUGAGUUC